CUAUGAUGUUCGUGUAGUUGCUACCUGUGUCACAUUUGAGCAUGAGCGUUCCUGAAUGUGUCUGGAAAUCGCAGAAAGAUUUGCUUGAGUUGCACAGGCUGAAUCACAAGGGCGGUGCGGAGAUUGAGGGAUGAGGCUCAACUUUUUUUUUUCCGCGCCUCCAGCCAUUCGUAUCCACUUGAGUUCCACAAACAUUCCUUAAAUCUGCCUCUUUCACCGCCCGCACUCCAAAGGGAGCCUUAAUCGGCAAGCAACGGCACCGCAGGCGAGGCUUGUGCAUCAUCUCGUCCGACGAGAAACAAACUCUAAUCUCGCCGCGCCGCCUCGAUCAAAGAGGCAAGUAAGAUGGCGUCCCCUUCCCCGGCCUCUCCCGCGAAAGACCAGCAGCCACCUCCGACCCCCGCACACCAACACCACCCGGGCGGCUCGGACAGUGAAUCGGAGGGCGAAUACGAGUACGGCUGGGACUUUUACUACGAGCAGCAGGUGGAGGAGAACGCCUCGCUCCUCAACGCCGAUGCGGCGCAGGCCUCCAAAGCGUCGCUCACGAACACGGCGAGCACCAGUGCGCGGUCGGAGCAGCAGCGGUUCAGCUUCAGCUUGUCGAAUUCUCUGCAGUUGCUCGGCGGCCAGUUUUCCCAAUCCAAGCCGGGGACCACCGUGCGCGUCUCCGUCCGCCGCAAGAUCUGGACGUUUUUGGAAACCGACCCGUAUUAUCAAAUGCAAAAAUGUCUGGGUCUGGAAGAUUCUGAAACUUGUCAUGCAGGUUUUGCAUGACCCAGGACGUCUGUAAUGCACGCCCUAGCAUCACAGAUUUUUAGAGGGCUUCCUGAUGCCUACUCCGCAUGACAAACGCCCUCCCCGCGUAGCACAAACUAGACUCCUCUUGCUGGUCAUGCAAUACAGAUUUUUUUAGGGUCCAAAGUUAGCAUCACAAGUUCCAACCUUCCAGACCCAGACAUUUUUGCAUUUGAUACGUAUUUGAACGCCUUUCUGCUCGCGGUCAUUGCAGUGUCCACCAUCGCGUUCUGUCUGGAGACCGUGCAGAAGUUCAAGAAAUACCAGGCGGAGUUUUUGUUUCUGGAGUCUUUUGUCGUGGUGGUGUUUUCCGCCGAGAUUAUUACGCGGUACAUUGCGGCCCCGAUAUGCAUUUUGCAAAUAUCGAUCUGGUUCUGGAAACUUGAAGAUGUGAUGUGGAGCUGUGAAGAAGAAGAGCUAGAAGGAACAGUCGCGAGGGUAGCCAAGCAUGACAAGCCCCUUUCGGAGCGCUCUGUUACGCCUGGCGCGCAUGACAAGAGAACGCAUGUGCACAAUUUUGUCGGUCCUGCAAUACAGAAUUUUUUCCAGGAGCGCCAGACGAGCAUGACAAGUUCAUCCCCUUUUCCAGACCCAGACACGAUUAUUUGCAUUUGAUACCGGAUGAGUACGAGCAAGUUCUUUUCCAUGCCGAUGAACUGGGUGGAUCUGAUCUCCAUCCUGCCCUUUUUCCUCGAGCAGGGCUGCAAGCUGUACGAGCACUUCUUCUACACCGAUGUGCAAGAGCCGAACCAUAACUUGACGGUCGUGCGGUGCUUGCGGCUGGCAAGGUUGUUCAAGUUCGGCCGAUACUCCAGCGAAAUGAGCUUGGUGACGGGUAUCGAUCUUUUUUAAGGGAUGAAAAACUCGGUUGCUUUUGGUUCGUUUGAAAUCUAAUGUGGAUCUUCCCGCUGGGUAUUGAAUUGCUAUUGUUCGGCAGUAGAACUACAACUACUACGCAAAAAACAAAAACUUUGAAAAACCAACCCCUCAGGCGCCUUCCUGCGGUCCUCUGUGUCCUUCAUGAUGUUGGGCUUUAUGCUUUCCAUUGCUUUGGUGGUUUUUUUAUCAAAUGCAAAAGUGUCUGGGUCUGGAAGGAUGCGAGAUCUGUGAUGCAGUUUCUGCCUGACCCGGAUCGUCUGGCAUGCACGACGUAGCAUCACAGAUUUCGAGCAGGUCCUCCAAUGCCUAAUACGCAUGACAAAUCCCCUCUUUCGAUAACAAAAAAUGGGGCCUUUUGCUGGGCAUGCAUGACAGAAGAACUUAUCAUGAUGUAGAAUCUGCAUCACAAAUUGGAAUCCUUCCAGACGGAGACAUAUUUGCAAUGCAUAUUUUUCCACGCUGCUCUACCUGGUGGAGCAGGGCGACUGGGACUCGGAGCUGGGGUAUGGAUUGUAAAAAUGUCUGGAAACUUGUGAUGCUGGGCGGCGUAUCAUGAAGAGGCCACAGGUGCUGGCUCAGCAUGACAAGAAGCUUUUGAGCUUCUAGGUGCUAUGCGUAUUCUGCAUGACAAGCUGCGUUUCUGCAUGACAGCAAAGUGGGGCUCUUGGGUAACGUGCGUGACAGAUUUAAGACUCAUGCCAGACAAGCAUGACAAACAUGCACUCUUCCAAACCCAGACAUAUUUGCAUUUGAUAUGGGGUGUCACACCCGCGCAAAACUCGGCAUCGAGGGGGACUUUCUGAAGACGGAGUGCAGCCCCUUUGCCAGUAUUCCGAAGGCGUUUUGGUGGGCGAUUACGACGAUGACCACGGUCGGGUACGGGGACACGUUUCCGGUGACGCCAGUAGGUGAGGAGUUGUUCGUGAGCUCUUGUGUUUUGUUCGUGCUUGAUUUGAAGUGCGGUUUUGGAUGACAAACUUAUUCGAAUUCACGAUGAUAGAUCAUGUUCGUCAUUUGUAUCAAAAUGAGGUAAAUUGAUCGGCGGCUGCGCGAUGGUGUGUGGCAUUCUGUCCGUUGCCCUCCCGACCACCGUCCUAGGCGUGCAGUUUGGGGACAGUUUAUCCAAGAAAAAAACUGUGUAAGUGUAACUUUUUUGCAAGAACAGCAUCACACAAUUGUUUUGCAUGACAGAAGACUUGUCAUGCGUAGCUAGUACGCUAAAACACGUACUAAAGUAGCCUCUGAUCGAUGCAUAUGCGGCGUGACAGGUGUAAUUGUAUUGCAACAUCUGCAAGAGCAAGACAAAGUUACACUUACACAGUUUUUUUCUUUUAUACAGUUACGCCGAGAUUCAGGAAGAACGAGAGCGGGGUAUCGGGAGAAAAAACGACCCCACCACAGAAUCACAACUCGGGAAGUCUGCAAAAAGUCUUGCGAGUCACACAGGACAAGUAGCGUAGUAGAGGUUCCCGUUAGGAAGGACAGCCGGAUGACAAGGCCACCAACUGCCUAUCCUUGUAUUAUCAAAAGCCCAAAUCAUGGCAUGAAUUUAUCAUUAUGUCUCGCAUGGAGAUCAUGCGCAUUGCAAAAGUUCCUGUAGAAGAUGAUCAUGCAAAUGAUCAGCAUGAGAUUUUUUUUGUCGGGUGCAACGUUUUUCCACAGGAUACGGGAAAAGAUCUCCUUACUGCUCCCCUCCGACGACCACCGACAGGAGGAGCUAGGCCGCCAAAUCGCGCAGUUUCAGGAAUUACGAAAAUCGAUCUCGGAGAUACGGACGAAAGUGGAGCCCCUGGCGGCCAAACUGGUAGAGAAGGAGGAGCAGGCGAGCUUCAUCACCACCCUGCAGUUUUUCGACUCUGCGGUGGAAAAUAGCACGGCAAAUCUGGAGCAGCAUCUGAUGAAUCUGCGGAACCGGCAGCUGCUCAACAGCAGGAGCGGAAGCUUGUCCAGACUGGGAACGGGGGCGACUGUACCGGGUGGGACGCGGGGGGUGUAAGUAGUGAAUAAGUACCGCGUCCUCUGAAGAUCACCAUACCCAUAACGGUCCUGUAAGUUGCUUUUCUUCUUCUUUUCAGCAGUCUGUCUCACGACGCACUGACACACCCGAAAAAGUCUUGGUUUCUUGCUUUCUGGAAUUUUGUUUCACGGGGUCUUAGACUCAUUUGCGAGUCAACGAGCUCCAGUGUUGUUGUUUUGCGGUGUUGUGUAGUUCCAGGCGUCGUGUUGUAGAAUACGAAUUUUUCCUACCAGUAACUACAGUAGUCGCUGUGUAUAUGUACUAUCAUUUCCACCAAAUUUAUUCCUUUCUCGGAACAAACAUUUUUCUGUAUGGUUCUAUAAAAAUUUGGAUCCUGUGCAGUUCUUGCCACAGUCGUUUCAGAAAGCACGGACGAGUUCUUCAUUUCUGGAUACUCCCGGCGUAGAAAGAGCAACAAGAUGUUGGAAGAACAACAGCAAUUUUUUUUUCCUUACAAAGAAAUUCUUAUUCUAUCCGGUUGGGCAGAUAAAUGGUAGAAAAGAGACAUCAGAAGAACUUUCGCAAC